AGCGUCCUCACUGAAAAGUGGUUAAAAUCACAUUAACAGUUUACUUAAGGCAGUUAUUUCUUUUACAAACGGAGAGUUUAUACGCACUAUCAUGGCAUACUUGUGCUAGCUAUAAUAAUCAUUCUGGCAUGAUAUGUAUGUUGUUUUUUUCAAUAUGUGAAAUUAUUCAUGCACUCAACAAAGGAACAAUUUAUGCGUCAACAGAAAAUGUGUCGUGUAGAAUGUUGAUAGAGCUCUGAAUCGGAGCCUUCAAGACACGCCAGUGGUUAAAGUGGGAAAUACAAAAGUUUGCAAGCAAUGGCUUCAUAUAGCCCUAAACUGUUAGAUAAGAAAUACAAUAACUGGGUUAAAGCUCAGUUAGCUGUGUUGUUUACUAAAGAAGGAGUUGAACCUUUUGUUUGUACUGAAAUUCAACAAUUUCAGUUGAAAUGUCUGCAUGAUAUAUGGUACUUAAAUAGCUUAUUUAGUGGGACUUGCUGUUCAAGUUGCUGUACGGAAAAUGUUGUUAAUUGCCCUACUGACAAAAUAUGUAAAUUAAGGCGUGGGAAAUGCACGUAUCAUCGAAAUGUUGCGACAAGGUACAGUUCUUCUGGCUGUCCUAACAAGAUAUGUCAUAACUUCAAAACUAAAAUACAAAAUGCGCAUAGGUUUAAGGGUCCGUCGUACAAAAACAGUGAUGCUACCCAGUGGUGCAGUAAUUUCUGGGAAGUAGCAAAGUGCUUCAUGCCCCCAGAUGGAUACAAAGAAAAGGCAUCUGCAACAGAAACAGACUUUAAUGGUAUUAUUAGCGUUAUCCUUAAUUACAAAGACUUUCAGGGGAAAAUACGUGAAAACCUCAACAGUAAGAAAAAUAUGUUUGAAGAGGCGAGAGUAAUUGGAAGAAAUGUGCGACAUUCAUCAGAACUUGAAGUAGAAGAUUCAGAUCUCCAGAAUUACUUUCAACUAUUACAGAAAUUACUUUCUGACCCCGUGUAUUUAGGUACAAAUACGCAUGCGCAGCAUGCUAAGCAGAAACUUAUACAGUUAGAAAAUGACACUCUAGUCAUUGGAAAAGAUGAUAUAAGAAAAGUACUAGACGAUGUGGCAACCAUAAUUCAAGACAAGAUGAAGGCUGGAUUAGAUGAUCAAUAUGACAGAAUUAAACUAGAUAUGAUAAAGGGAAAACAAGAAGAUCUCUUAUCUCUAGAAUCAAAAACUGCCGAGGGUAUGACACAGAUACAAGAUAAAACUGAUGCUUCUGUGAAAAGAUUAAAUGACGAAAGGGACAAAGAAAUUGAUACAAUUCAUAAACAAGGAGAUAAAGAACGAACAGACCUGGCUGAAUUAGGAAAGACGUUACAAAAAGAACUGAACACAGCAAGUAAAGCCGAAAAAGAAGAACAGUAUAUUGAUUUUAAACAAA